GUAAGGUCUGUCUCAACAGAGUUCUACUCUCUGGAGCCCAGAUUUGAAGUUAGUGGAACUAAAGUGGAUGUUUGGAAGGCUCCUCCUCGCCCAUCUUCUACACCUCUGCUCGCCUGCGGCCCAACCCCCACUCCGGAGUGUGCGCACGGCGACGCCCCGCCGCCCCGCCGUUCCCAGUCCAGCUCGGCUUGCUCCCUCGCCACAACGGAUCCCGAAGUUGGUUUGGUCUGUCGUACUCAGCCUGUGGGCGUGGCGGUGUGUGGUAUUAAAGGCGGGCGUCGCACUUCCGACGAGUCGACUGCGGCCCGCGCGUCUUAUUGCCAUUGUAGCAUUGUAGCAACAUCGCCCCGUCAUCUGCAGUUGGACGUCGUAGAGUGGUCCCCGAGCCAUGGUUUCUCUUCAAUUCCGCGAAUUCGACUUCGAGACUGCCGAGUGUCCGAUGACUUGGGGCAGUGGAGUCCUGGACGAUGUGCAGUGCUCUGACAAGCUAGACAAGCUGUGGCUCGCCGGGACGCCCUGGGGUGGCGUCAUGGAGCGCCUCAUCAUCGCCUGGAGCCUGCACGAGAACGGCGACCAGCGGCGUGCGCGCCAGCUUCUCGUCGACUGCUACACGGUGCUCCUGCCUCAGCGCGCCUUCCACGGCGACUGCGACCUUGUCAGGGACUUUCGGGAGGCGCUGCGGAUCGUCUUGGACGCUACCUGGGCCGUGACGUGCACCCGCAUCUUGAUCCAGUCUGUCGCGGAGCUAGACAACCUGGUCCGCUUCAUCGACGCCAUCCCCCCGCUAAGGAGUCUCAGUGCCAAGCAACGGGCCGCCGUAUACGCCAUCCGAGGACGACUCGCGGGACCAGACGGCGAACAGUGGUUCCGUAAGGCGAUUUCGAUCAGCCCCGAAGAGGGGAAAUGGCGCUACCUGCUGGGCUGGAUCAUUCAGGACCGGCGCAAGUGCCUCGGCACACCAUCUCUUGAGGAGUACGGCCUUCUGUCCGACGCCUACCGCUUACGGAACAACCCGGAUACUGUGGUGCGACUUGCGAGAACACUCACGGACAUGGGAUCCAAAGUCGACCAGAUGAGAGCGGAGACACUUAUGAGUGAAGCCAUGAUGAAGUGGCCGGAACAUCCUCGGGUGCUUACGCAGGUAGCGUCCAUCAUGACGAUGAUCAAGCACAUCCCACCAGCCGAGACUUUCGUGUACUCCCGCGCGCUGUACUUGCGCGUGCUGUCCGUCUUCGGCGAGCGCGCCUUCAUCCACUUCAAGCUCGGCGCACUCUGCAUGAUGCACGGGGAGGCUCAGCAGGCUGGCUGGCACUUUGAGCGCGCCCAGCGUCUGAACCCGGCCGUCGCCGCGAAGAUGAACAUGCAGAUGGCAGCUUUGUCAGCUUUGUCACGCUAGCGAGGAAACAGAUUUUUUCAACUCUGGUUUCACGCUAGUUAAACUCUCUAAGUUUGGAACCAGGAGUUGCAACUAAAAACUAAUUGAAUGGAA